AUGGAAGCAUCCCUACCAACAGUCGAAUCUUCAGAAAAUUCAAAUAAUGGUAAUAACAAUAAUAAUAGUGGGAGUGAAAAUAUAAAUAAUAUAGGAAAUGUCUCAUUAAUUAGCCAAUUAGGUAAUACCAGAACCAGCCCAUUCUUUUCAUUGUUGAGACUUACAUCACAAUCCAAUCUUCAAGAGCUUUUAGCUGGCUCUUUAGCAAGUGAUGGUUCAGUUAUACACUCAAAUGAAAUCAAUGAAUUAUUUACACAAACCAUAUUAUCAAAUAUAGCGUCAACCACACCAGUUAAUAAAGGAGUUUUAGGUAAUGCUACUUUUUUUGAAACCCAUCACAGAGCUGUUAAAGGUGUAGAUUUUUCGCCAAAUGACGACCAUAUUUUUUGUUCUGCAGGAUUAGAUGCAAUGGACCCAGAUAACCCCAAUAUACUAGUGACUCCAAAUAUUACAGGUAAAGGUUUAUCACAGAUUGAUAUCAGAUCACCAAUAACAAUUAAAAAUAUCGAUCCAAUUCACCAAAAUACAAUUAACGAUAUACAGAUUUUAAACUCCUCUUGGUCAAGAUAUUACAAUAGAGGGAAUAAUAGUGGCAAUAACAACAAUGUAAAUAAUAAUAGUGGUAGUUCCACUUUGGGAAGUUCAAGCACAAGUUUAAUAUUAACAGCUUCAUCAGAUUCUACUGUAAAAAUAAUAGAUAAUCAAAAGAAUACUCUGAGACAAAUGGACUCAACAUCAUCCCAGCAUUGUGUAGCCCAUACGCCUGAACCACCCGAAUCAAAUGGUUCUUGUAUUGCAGUAGGUGGCGAUAAACUAUCAAUAUUCCUACCUGAUGGUAAUUUACAACAUUCCUAUGUUAUCCCCUCAAGUAGAUCCAUUAUGAAAACAGCCUAUACACACAAUGGUACUAAACUAUUUAUAGCAAACAAUGACGGUAAUUUACGACUAUUCAAUAAAACAAACUACAAACAUGACUUAAUUGGUAUAGUUUAUAAACACUCUAGAGAUAUUCAAGACUUAUCAAUUUCAAAAAAUGACGAAUAUUUAGUGACAGCCUCGGCUGAUUCUAAAGUAGGUUUGAUUAGAAUAGGCGAACCUAUAUUUGGGCCAUCAGAAUUUGGUGAAAUUAUGUAA